CGCGUGCAAGUGUAAAAAAUACACAUAAGUGCGUGUAUACCGUGUAGUGCACAAUCAAGUCAAGGACAUUAGGUGAAAAGACAUUAUAAAGUUAAAGCAAAGUACCAGCAGUAGCUCACAAAAACAGCGCUGCGACUGCCAGUGACUACAUACGAAAGGUACCAGGAACACUAUCCCUCAGUAAAACCCUCAGUAUGGCGGGUUUUACCAUCUAUUCCCUGCUGAUUCUCGGAACAAGUCUGCUAGUGUUGGGUUCGCAACAUUCGCCGUACUCCCUGCAGGCUGCCAUCGACGCUUUGCACCGCCGAGAAGCACAGCUUGCGUUACGCGAGGAAGCCGCCGCCGAGCAGCUGGACGACGAUGGCUACUGGAUGGAACCAACCGAAGAGCAGCAGCAACAGUUUCGCCCGAACCGACAGCGCCUGAACCGCAUUCUGGCCAACUAUUUGCGGCGCGAUGAAGAGCCGGACGAUGGCUACGAUCCUUACGACUUGGACACACGCAAGCGUUCCGUCUUUCGGGAGCGAGAUGGUGAGUUAUAGGUUUUUGAAACUGAUUGGCUGGCUCUUUACAGCCUAUAAUUGCGGUUUAUCCUUUUUGCAGAACUAUCCUCCUACCCGACCGUGUUCCGGGAGCGAGAGCAGGAGAAAGCGUACCCGCAUCCCGACCUGUCCGAGGAUUUCCUCAAAGCGGUACAGCGUCUCAACAACGACGAGCGAGAGGAAGAGUUCCAGGAGCGUCUGCAGCGACUGUGGAACAAGUACCAGCAGGAGGAGAACGAAAUCGAGCAGCAACUGUUUGACGAGGAACCGUUAGGGCCGUACGAGAAGCGGCAAGGCUUCCCCAUGUCCGAAUCGGAACCCUCGCCCGCCCAUUACGGUCCACCGAUGCAGGAGCGCAAGCGAACGCUCCCAAUCCUUCCCUGGCUGCCCGCUACGCGCAAGAAGCGCUUCCCGGUGGCAAAACGAUCGCCCAAACCGGACGCAGCCCCAACCGGAACGGAUGAAAAGGUGGCCAAAGAUUUGCAGGCCCUCUUUGGAGCACCGAUCGAGCCGAAGCGCAAACGAUCGAGUGAACCGGCGAAGCCGGCUAGCUCUACGGCGAGCUCCAGCAUGGCCACAACCUCCUCCACCACGACCGUGCGGCCAGCGGUGAUGGAAGUUGCCAAAACGAAGCGCGAUUCGAGCGAUGAGCACCAUGAACACAGCUCGGAGGAAGGCCCGGAUGAUGAUGAGCAUGAGCACGAGCACGAGCACGAGCACGAUCAUGAGGACUCGAGCGAAGAGUUCGAGGGUGAGGAUGACGACAAGAAGAAGAAGCGUUCGGUGCGCAAGCGGUCCAAUCUGGAGGUGGUGAAGGAGGAUCAAAUUCUGCCCGGCGAUAUUGGCGAGUUUAAGACGAAAAAGUCCAUCCAGUGGAACAAGUACUUCGGUAUGGAUCGCAGGAAAAAGGAUGGCCGGAAUGGGCCGGGGGCUGUUGCCGGUGCCGCUGCCGGUGCUGCCGUGCCGUAUCCGCUGAGCUUUUACAAAACGUACGAUGAGGAUCGGAAGAAGAAAAACGUCAACCAGGGCAAGCUGGAGAGCAUGGCGCAGAAGCUGAAAAACAUCGAAGAUCUUAUUCUGGACCAGACCGUCAAGUAUGCGGGCGAUCAUGAAGGAACCAUCACUGAGCCGGCUGAGCUCGAGGAGCUGAAGGACAAACUGCUGGACCGGUUGGCUACCGCGCACAGUAUCGAGAAGAUGCGCCACACACUGGAGCGGCUGAAGGAUUCGGUUAGCGAUGAUCAGCUGAAGCUAAACGAGGUUGAACCGGAGCAUCCCCGUGAGGAAAAGGAAAAGGCUAAGCGUGUAGCAGUGAAGAAGGAGCGGGCCGAGUACGAUCACAGCCAACACAGCAUGGAGGGCAACGAGAAGGUAGCGCACGAGGAGGUGGAAAACAAUCUCGGCGACGUUGACGGCGACAGUAAGAAGAAAAAGCGCACCCAGAAGCGAUACCAGGAGGUAUUCCGAGGACCGGAAGAGCCCGAAAUGGAGGAUGAUUACAGCCGGGGGCUGGUUGUUGAGUCCACUGAAUGCCCACUGCUGGAUGCGUUUGAGCGGCGGUGUCGCGGUGUAGAUGUGCUAAGCGGUGACAUUUACCAGGAACUGUUGCCAGCCUGCGGUGCCCAUCAACUUUGCUACCUAUGCGGCGUUUCACCGAAAGUUUGCGACCUUCAGUAUCUCUCCGAGGCGGACAACAUUUGCGAAAACCAACCCGACUGUCAGACGACCGCCCGGUCGGUGCUGAUGAUACUGCGGGGCUUCCCGGGCCCCCAGCUUGGGCCGCGCGAGUGCGCCAAAAAUCCCUGCCUGUAUCGGGCCAUGGUCGAGGUCGGUGUCGUUGUAAAUUGUAGCUUCGGACGCUUUCCAAGACCUGCUACGUUCACUCUACGCCAGCGGACGGAAGAGAUGUCAUCUGCUAGAGUUCCACCACAACAGCAGCAGCAGCAGCAGCAGGCGCCGGAGUUUUACGGUCCAGACACGCCAACGUUCGAUCUGAGCUGGGACUACAACUACGACAAUGCACUAGCAGCGCCACCGAACAAUGUGCCACCUGUCGUGCACAGUGGCGAGAAUCGAAUCAUCACGGCACAACCACAAUCGCAGCAGCGUGAACGAGACGGUGUAAGCUUACGAAUACCUUCACCCCCACCCGGGGACGCAAUUCGCUCCGUAAACAGCCCCUUUCUAACGCCGUUCUCGCCACGUGCCGGGCUCGACUUUCUCUACGGAUUGCCGUCGGUGUUUAUCCAGCAGAGCUACGAGCUGAACGAAUUACUAUCGGGCGUUGCCUCGGACAAUCGGUUCACGGUACGGGGACCCUCAAACGAAGCGCUCUACGGUGCAUCAGAAACGUCCGACCCGAAGGAUCGGUUCUGGGGCUCGCUACGACCGUUCAGCCUGUCGCUUGUGGACCGCAGCCAUCAGGAGGUGCUACUGUUCAGGAAGAAUCUUGGCUGCGGUGUGUUCUGCUGCUUCUGCAAGAACCAGUUCCUGGAGGUGUGGGCCGCACCGGGCGAGCUGAUCGGCUGCAUCCAGCAGGACUACGGCGUACUGUCGCAGGAGAUCGUGCUGCUGAACAGUGACAUUAACACGAUGUUCCGCAUACCGAUACCGUUCCUGAACGCGCUGCGCAUGCCGAAGGAGACACACUUUCGCGUGCUGGACCGGGAUCGGAUGACGCAGAAGGGAACGAUAACGCGCGCCUGGAACGUGAACACCGCCAGCUACACGAACAACAUCUACUACUCCGAUCCGACGAUGGACGUCAAGUUUAAGUCGCUGUUCAUAGCGGCCGCCUUUAUGCUGGAAUAUCUUUACUUCCAAUCGAAUUGUUGUUAAGAGGACGUGUGUUGUGGACCCCCAUCACCACUGAUGAAGUGAGAGACAGGAAAAGCAAUUUCAUACUUAAUUGAGCAGAGCAGUACAUAUUUAUAAAGUACACAUUCUUUCGUUUGAUAAGAAAAGAAACAUUAAAAAUGACAUGAUGUUAUGCAAAUAUUUAAA